AUGAAGAUUAACGUUUCAAGAAACAGGUUCUUGCUUUGUUUUCGACCCGUUGUCGACAUGGAAGUCGUCCUAGAAUCCAAAGAUAUCGUCGACCGGUCGGCUUGUAAGGAGAAGACCAUCAAGGAAAUGUUGACUCCAAAGAGAACCUUUUCCCGAGUGCUUCUAUCCGUUAUUUGCGAAGCAAUAUUGGCUAAGAGAGCUCGUGACAGGAAAGUUGAUCGUCAAGAGUCCUGUCAAUCGAUCUACCCUAGUCAUAAGUCGAGUUACUCCGAAAGUUGUCACGAUUUUAGCUACGAAAGAUCAGUGAAUCAGGUAUCCAUGGAUGCUGGUAUUGAUCAAGAGGUUAGAACCAACUCUGGGUUGUCACACUCAAGAUCUUCGUGCGGCUCAAGUACAUCCUGUUCAGGUUCCAUUUCAGAAGAAAAUAAAUCACCCAGAUCUUUGACUGACAUUACAAAACAAGUUGAUUGCUGCAAUUAUCCAGACAUUGUAGAGAAGCCAAAGGAGGAGGUUGAUAACAUGGGUAACUGUUCUAGUUUCGAAUCUGGCAUAUACAUGCUUGCCAUUAGCCUUGUGAUCACCAUCUUGUGGGGAAAGUUUUUUGCUAUUUUUUUCACGUUAAUUUGGCUGUACUUUAUGUCUGGCCGGCACUUUGGUUAUGGCAGACAAGAAAAUGUGAUCAAGUUAGCAGAAACUGAGUCCAGAGAGUACCGAAAAAAGGUCAUAAUCGAAGGGCUACUUGAAAGGAAACACCACCACAGAAGGCAUUAACUACUGUGACGUGAAUUAUGUGUCUUUUCCGGUGGCUCUCUGGUUACCAAAUUAAAGCAUUCUCAGAAACCAGGUCACUAUACAGCUGUUUCUUCUGAUGUGCUCUUAUCACUGUACUUUCGGAG